GUUUUGCUUUCCCUGACUGGGCCUACAAGCCCGAGUCUAGUCCUGGCUCCCGUCAGAUCCAACUCUGGCAUUUUAUCCUGGAGCUGCUGCAGAAGGAAGAAUACCAGAAUGUCAUCGCCUGGCAAGGGGACUAUGGCGAGUUUGUCAUUAAGGACCCUGAUGAAGUGGCCCGACUAUGGGGUAUUCGUAAAUGCAAGCCCCAUAUGAACUAUGACAAGCUGAGCCGGGCUCUAAGAUAUUAUUACAACAAGCGGAUCCUUCAUAAGACCAAAGGGAAACGGUUCACCUACAAGUUCAACUUCAGCAAAGUGGUCUUGGUUAAUUACCCACUCCUGGACAUGGCUGCCAACUCCCCAUUUCUCCUGACUCAGAACCCUUUCAACGGGAGCAACCAUGGGGCUGACUGCACCCCACUGACCCCUGAGACCUUACAAAGCCUCUUCUCGAGCCCUCGCUUGGGGGAUCCCUCCAGCCGCGCCCCACUCUUUGAACGUCAGCCAGAACCAGAGAAACUGAGGCUGGAUACAGCCUUCCCAUUCUUGGGAUCAGGUAUGGCUGGGUACACAAAGCCUCCCAGCUUGCUGACUCCGUAUGGCAGAAAUACCUCCUUCCCCGAAUACCCCUGGAAUUUCAACCCUUACCUAUCCAGCACUUUCCCCGUGAACAGCUCCAAGCUCCCCACCUCCCUGUAUUCCCCUCAUUUCUACCCCAACCCCUUGUCUGGGUCCCUGGCCCAGCUCCCCACGCCCAUCUCACUUCUGCCAACCGAAAGCCCCGAGAGAACUACAACCCUGGGGAGUAGCUCUGUGCCCCGUCUCUGCCUCCCUCCCCAUAGCACAACUCUGCCCCUCCGUGGGGAGGUCCUUGGAACAAGCACUCGCAAUAAGGAAUUACUGGGCGCCAGGCCCCCGAGUCCUUCCGGGGGCCGAGGGGCCAAAGAGGACCCAGCAUCUGAUUCCGAGUUGGAAAUCACGGAUUUGAGUGAAUGCAGUUCGGAAAACGAAGGCUGCGAUUUCAGCCCCGACAGCCUGGAAACCUUAGAGAGACAGGUGCAAAAUUACAAGCGGCUGGAGGGUGAGCGGACGGCCAGAGCGAGGCCCAGCCAGCCAGAUGGGGAGGUGGGAGUUAGCCUGGACCUUAUCAAGCAGGGGAAGACUCUUGCGAGCAGUUGA